AUGAAAACUCGAUCCUUCACUCUAUUCAUCUUUGCCGCAGUUCUCUUCCUCCGGUGUCUAAGCCCCACCGGAGCUGCCAUGUGUCAUCCUGAUGACGAGGCGGGUCUUUUAGCUUUCAAAUCGGGUAUAACCCGAGAUCGUUUGGGCAUUCUAAGCCAGUGGAAAAAAGGUACUGAAUGUUGCUCCUGGAUGGGUGUCAUUUGCAUCACCGGCGACCGCGUCACGUCAUUGAGAAUCUCGGGAUCUAGCGUUCUAGGCCAAAGCGUCGUCUCUGGCACAAUCUCGCCGGCCUUGGCCAAACUUCAGCACCUUGAGGGGGUUUACUUCACCUAUCUUCGAAAUAUCACUGGAUCUUUUCCACAGUUUCUUUUCCAAUUACCAAUGCUAAAGUAUGUUGACUUCAGGGGUACUCGUCUAUCUGGUCCCAUCCCGGCUAACAUCGGCGCGCUAACCCAGUUGGAAGAGUUUACCCUGGAGGACAACCAGUUCACUGGUCCGAUCCCGCCUUCCAUAUCUAAGUUGAAUAGAUUAACUUGGCUCAGUCUCGGCGGAAACCGCAUUUCUGGCACCAUCCCUGACAUCUUCAAAUCUAUGACCAAGCUUGGUUUUCUUGAUCUCUCCCGCAACCGAUUCUUCGGAAAACUUCCUCCGUCGUUUGCAUUGCUUGCACCCAGUCUCGUGUACCUCGACAUAGGCCAUAACAAGCUCUCGGGGACGAUCCCCAACUAUUUAUCAAGAUUUGAGGCGCUCUCCUUAUUGCAUCUCUCCAAGAAUCAGUUUUCGGGGGUCGUACCAAAAAGUUUUGCCAAUAUGACCAAACUUACUCAUCUUGAUCUCUCCCACAAUCUUUUAAGCGGUCCAUUCCCUACAUUGAAGAUCGUUGGUGGCAUCGUUUUACUUGAUUUGUCGUACAACCAAUUCAAUCUUAAAACAAUACCGAAAUGGGUGACCUCGUCGCAGUCUAUCUACUCGUUGAAACUGGUAAAAUGCGGUAUCAAGAUGAGGUUAGACGAUUGGAAGCCACCGAGAGCAAAGUUUUUCUCUUACAUUGAUCUGUCAGAAAACGAGAUCUAUGGGAGUCCAACAUGGUUCCUAAACCAAGCGAAGCAGCUGCUGGAGUUUCAAGCGUUAGGCAACAAACUACGGUUUGACAUGGGGAAGCUAACAUUUGCGAAAUCAUUGAGAAUAUUGGAUCUGUCAAGGAACUUAGUAUUUGGGAAGGUAUCUGUGACGGUAGCUGGACUGCAAAACCUGAACUUAAGUCAAAACCAUCUUUGUGGAAAGCUUCCAGUGACAAAAUUCCCGGCCAGCGCGUUCAAAGGUAACGACUGUCUUUGUGGCUCACCGCUUUCUCCUUGUAAAGCUUAGCAGCAUGAAAACUACA